GAAUGGCGCCAGGUAGAGUCACUGUGAUUCCAGGCAAAGUAACCGUAUUAGCAGGAAGCGUGAUGAUUUCAGUCUGUAUGACUGUGCUUGCAGGCAAAGGAGGUAUAGUGACAGUAACUGCAGGAAGGCUAGGAAGAGUAAUUGUAUUUGCAGCUAAAGUAGUUGUUGUUAUACUAGUAACAAUAUUUGGAGGAAGUGUCAAGAUUGAAGUCUGAAUGAUUGUGCUUGCUGGGAGUGUGACAAAUUGAGUAAUAGCAGGAAGCAUAACGCUUUCAGCCACAGCAGG